AUGGCCUCCCUUCGCCGCCUCGCUCUCGCCGUCGGAGCUCUGCUCCCGGCAGUUCUCGCCGCCCCCGCUGCCGUCAACAGACGCGCUGAGCCCGCGGCCGCCCCUGGCAAGUACAUCGUCACCCUCAAGGAGGGUGCCGCUGCCAGCGUCGAGUCCCACUUGAACUGGGUCGCCGACGUCCACAGACGCUCCCUGAGCAAGCGUGACACCGUCGGUGUUGAGAACACUUUCAACAUCAGCAACUGGAACGCCUACUCUGGCGAGUUUGAUGAGGCUACCAUUGAGGAGAUCAAGGCCAGCGCCGACGUUGCCGUCGUCGAGCCUGACUACUACAUGUACCUCUCUGACUUCGAGGUUGAGGAGCGUGCCCUCACCACCCAGUCUGGUGCCCCCUGGGGUCUGGGAUCCAUCUCCCACAAGACCUCCGGCUCUACCUCGUACAUCUACGACACCUCUGCCGGUGCCAACACCUACGCCUACGUCGUUGACUCUGGUGUCAUCUCCACCCACACCCAGUUCGGUGGCCGUGUCACCCUCGGCUUCAACGCCUUCACCGGCACCCACACUGACACCCUCGGCCACGGCACUCACGUCGCCGGUACCAUUGGUGGCUCUACCUACGGUGUUGCCAAGUCGACCAACAUCAUCUCCGUCAAGGUCUUCCAGGGCGCUCAGGGCACCACCUCCUCCAUUCUGUCCGGCUUCAACUGGGCCGUCAACGACAUCACCUCCAAGUCCCGCGCCGCCCGCUCCGUGAUCAACCUGUCCCUCGGUGGCCCCGCCUCUACCACCUGGACCUCCGCCAUCCAGGCCGCCUACACCCAGGGCGUCCUCUCCGUCGUUGCUGCCGGCAACGGAGACGAAAACGGCAACCCCCUCCCUGUCUCCAGCCAGUCUCCCGCCAACGCCCCCAACGCCCUGACCGUUGCCGCCAUUGACUCCAGCUGGCGCCCGGCCUCCUUCACCAACUACGGUGCUGGCGUCGAUAUCUUCGCCCCUGGUGUUUCUAUCCUCUCUGCCUGGAUCGGCGGCAACUCUGCCACCAACACCAUCAGCGGUACCUCCAUGGCCUGCCCCCACGUUGCCGGUCUUGCCGUCUACCUUCAGGCUCUUGAGGGUCUCUCUACCCCUGCUGCCGUCACCAGCCGCAUCAAGGCCCUCGGCACCUCCGGCCGCGUCACCGGCACCCUGUCCGGUAGCCCCAACCUCGUUGCCUACAACGGCAACGGCGCGUAA